ACACACACACGCAUGCACACACAUAAUACACACGCCAGCGCGCUCGGCCAUCCCACUGCAGCCCCCAAACCCGCAGCGCGAAGCGACGUCACCCCCAAAAGCGUCGAGGGGCGAAGCAGAGCCAUUGGUGCAGUGUUAGGCGGAGCCCGGUGCCCGCGCUGCCGCCUCGGGUACAAACCCAGCAGACCGCGCACCCCAUCCGUCUAGCUGGAAUGAUUUCUGGUUCCUCUGAAAACUUCUAAGACUGAAACUGUGAGGAAUUCAGCUGGAGAAUGCCAUCUGAACACUGCCUCAGUAUUCAAGAGAUGCUGACAGGCCAGCGGCUCUGCCACUCAGAAUCUCACAAUGACAGCGUCCUGGCAGCGCUGAAUCAGCAGAGGAGCGAUGGCAUUCUCUGCGAUGUCACCCUGAUUGCCGAAGAACAGAAAUUCCAUGCACACAAGGCAGUCCUAGCAGCAUGCAGUGACUAUUUCCGGGCUAUGUUCAGUCUUUGCAUGGUGGAGAGCGGAGCUGAUGAGGUGAACUUACACGGAGUGACCAGCCUUGGCUUAAAGCAGGCUCUGGAGUUCGCAUACACAGGGCAGAUUUUGUUGGAGCCAGGAGUGAUUCAGGAUGUGUUAGCAGCUGGCAGUCACCUACAGCUGUUGGAACUUCUCAAUUUAUGUUCCCACUAUCUCAUUCAGGAACUAAAUAGCUUUAAUUACUUGGAUCUGUACAGACUUGCUGACCUCUUUAACCUCACUUUACUGGAGAAGGCAGUGAUCGAUUUCUUAGUGAAACAUCUCUCUGAACUCCUGAAGAGCCGCCCGGAGGAUGUCCUCAUGCUUCCCUACUGCCUGCUCCAGGAGGUGCUGAAGAGUGACCGCCUCACUUCCCUGAGUGAAGAGCAGAUCUGGCAGCUAGCCGUGAGGUGGUUGGAGCACAACUGCCAUUACCAGCACAUGGAUGAGCUCCUGCAAUACAUCCGCUUUGGCCUCAUGGAUGUGGACACCCUCCAUACAGUUGCCCUCUCCCACCCCCUGGUCCAAGCAAGUGAGACGGCCACGGCCCUUGUCAACGAGGCCCUGGAGUACCACCAGAGCAUCUAUGCACAGCCUGUCUGGCAGACCCGCAGGACCAAACCACGCUUCCAGUCAGACACUCUCUAUAUCAUUGGUGGGAAAAAGCGUGAAGUCUGUAAAGUCAAGGAACUGCGGUACUUUAAUCCUGUGGACCAGGAGAACGCUCUCAUAGCGGCCAUUGCCAACUGGAGUGAGCUGGCGCCCAUGCCCGUGGGAAGGAGCCACCACUGCGUGGCCGUCAUGGGGGACUUCCUCUUUGUGGCAGGCGGGGAGGUGGAACAUGCCAGCGGCCGGACGUGUGCAGUGAGGACUGCCUGUCGCUACGACCCUCGGAGUAAUUCCUGGGCAGAGAUAGCACCCAUGAAGAACUGCCGGGAGCAUUUUGUGCUGGGUGCCAUGGAUGAGUAUCUCUAUGCAGUUGGGGGCAGAAAUGAACUACGCCAAGUGCUGCCAACAGUCGAGCGGUAUUGCCCCAAGAAGAACAAGUGGACCUUUGUGCAAUCCUUUGACCGGUCCCUUUCAUGUCAUGCUGGAUAUGUGGCUGAUGGUCUUCUGUGGAUAUCAGGUGGAGUAACUAACACAGCACAAUACCAGAACAGACUAAUGGUAUACGAACCUAACCAGAAUAAGUGGAUAAGCCGCAGCCCCAUGCUACAGAGAAGAGUCUACCAUUCCAUGGCGGCCAUCCAGAGGAAGCUUUAUGUUCUUGGAGGCAAUGAUCUGGAUUACAACAAUGACCGGAUUCUUGUGCGCCACAUAGAUUCUUAUAACAUGGACACUGAUCAGUGGACCCGUUGCAAUUUUAACUUGUUGACUGGCCAGAAUGAAUCUGGAGUUGCUGUCCAUAAUGGGAGAAUAUAUUUAGUUGGUGGAUAUUCAAUUUGGACAAAUGAGCCUCUGGCUUGUAUUCAGGUUCUAGAUGUAAGCAGAGAAGGCAAAGAGGAAGUAUUCUAUGGGCCUACACUACCUUUCGCUUCCAAUGGAAUAGCAGCAUGCUUUCUUCCAGCCCCAUACUUCACAUGCCCCAACCUUCAAACGCUCCAAGUGCCUCAUCACAGGAUUGGCACCAUCUGAAAAGCCAAUGCUCUGUUAAUAACCAUCAUCAAUGGAAGAAAAAACAAGUUUGACUUCCAGAUACUGGACUUGAAACUCCUCAGUGCUCAAUACUUCCUUGUCUUGUUUCAUAGGUCUUCAUCUUCAGACAAAAAUUAGCAAAAAAAAAAAAAAGUUUUCUAAAGUACACUAUUGAGAAUUUUCUGUGUAUGUCAACAUAGAGUACAAUAUGUUUGACUUUUAUUGUGGUGUAGCUUAGUGCCAACUCAAUGGCAUAUUGUUUUUCCAUGGGUCUUUACAUUCUUUGUACGUUUCUAAUCAGCACUGUCUAGGACAACAUGACACUGUCAUUAAGACAAUUGAUUUCGUGCAUCAAUUAUCUUAAAAUCUUUUGUACUUACUCCCUUUACUACUUAAAACAUUGGCUUGUAAGUUUUCUUUUCAAAAUUUAACAUGAAGCUCAGCUCAGUAGAUAUUCAGCAUUAUGAUGUCAUACAUUUUUAAGUGCCAUGUUUUAUUCAAGAUGAUACAUAUAAUAGAAGUUGAAAUAUCUAGAUCAUUCCACCUUGAUUAUUUUGACCUUAGGUAAGAACUUUAUAGUGCUCCAUUUCUCCCACCUUUUAGAGAUGGUAAUAACUGAUUUUCACACUAAUUCAAAAGAAUGUUGUGGAGAUCAGACAAGCUCUGAGGCUAUGCCUAAGGGGGAAAAUGUUACUCAAAUUUAAGGUAUUUUGCUAUGCUAGGAGCCCUGUAACUUUACAAGGAGAUGAUAUUUAAGUUUAUAAGUGACUAGAUAGAACUUAGAAUGUGUACUACAGGAUGAUUUUUAAAAUCACAUGAGACAUGAAGGGUAUUUACCAACACCAAAGAUAUCCAUACCCAUACAAUCCAGGCCUCAAAAGGAACUCCUUCCCAUUUCACAAAUCACUUAGUAAAGUACAACAUUUUAAAGCUGAAUAAAAGUUAGUUGUACUAACUAUGAUACCAUCAAGUGCUCUGACAUAAAUUUGCAUCUAGAAUUGGCAGUUCUAAUGAAGUGUCUACUUGUUUCAAGGAGAUGUUACUUACUCAGGAGGGCUUGUGGGAUGCUUCACUGUAGCAACGCAUAUUUUAUGACCACCACUUUCAACAAUGGAUAACAAUUCUUUUAUGGGCUAAGUUUUGGAAUCUGCCUUGUCUAUAAGAAAAAUGAAUAAA